AUGGGAUCACUCUUUACAAAAUUAUAUUCAUCUUUGUUCAAUAAAAAAUAGAUUAGAUUAAUAAUGAUCGGAUUAGAUGCAGUAGGAAAAACAACUAUACUUUAUAGAUUAAAUUUGAAUUAAGAAUUAAAAGCCCCUAUCCCAACUAUUGGAUUUAAUGUUGAAAAAAUUAAUUUUUAAAAUAUAUAAUUUACUUGUUUCGAUAUAGGAGGUGGAUAUAAAAUAAGAUUAUUAUGGAAAUAAUAUAUAGAAGAAGGCACAGGAAUAAUUUUUAUAAUAGAUUCAUCUGAUCCAAAUAGAUUACCAGAAGCAAAAUAGGAGUUAAUGAGGUUUCUUAAUGAGAAUGAAACAAAAGGGGCACCAUUAUUAGUUUUAGCUAAUAAGUAAGAUAUUGCUAAAUUUACUGUUGAUGAGUUAAAACAAUUUUUGGAUCUUCCAUAUCAAAAUAGAUAAUGUUAUAUAUAACCUUGUUGUGCUAAAACUGGAGAAGGACUUUACGAAGGUUUGAGCUGGUUAACAAGAAUAUACAAUUCCAAAUGA